ACGAAAAUAAGGAAUUUCUGCGCAUACAUUACACCAAUUUCGACAACUUUGCAGCCUUACUACGCUGUCUUAUCGAAAUUAUAUGAAUCUCUUGUACCUCUGGUAUAUAAUGUGAGAAUUGUGAAUGAUGAUGAACUCCACCCUGGCCUCUUCAGUGGCCAGUGCAAUGUCUGGAGCUGGAACAUUGACCAUCAAUACCACACCAAUGAGCACAGGAAUGCUUAGUGACGGCAUGAGUGAGCCAAGCUCACCUGAAAGCUCAUUUGAUGCCUCAGAUCUUUUGUCAACUGGAAUGUCAGAUGAAAUCACUGUUCAACUUGCUGCAUCUGGAACGGUUGGAAUGGCAGCAGCUGCUGCAAUUGCUAGUGGUAUAAGAAGGAAAGCAAAAAGGCCACAUACUUUCGAAACAAAUCCUUCCAUCAGAAAACGCCAACAGACAAGACUUCUUCGGAAAUUGAAGCGGACUAUCGAGGAAUACACAACACGUGUUGGCCAACAGGCAGUGGUAUUAUGUUGUACUCCAGGCAAAUCUUCUCAAAACAAUUACAAGGUUUUUGGAUCUCAGCCCCUAGAGAAUGUGGUGAGAAGCUGUAAAGGUGUGGUGUUGCAAGAUUUAGAAUCUACUUUAUCAGAGCUACCUUCAAAUCAAACAGAGACAAGUGGUCUGCAUGAGUUGCCUCCCCUGUCAAUAGAUGGAAUACCUACCUCAGUUGAUCAAAUGACACAGGCCCAACUACGGACAUUUAUACCAGAGAUGCUGAAAUACUCAACGGGACGCAGUAAACCUGGAUGGGGCAAGAUGGAAUGUAUACCUGCAUGGUGGCCUAAAGAUAUACCCUGGGCUAAUGUCCGUAGUGAUGUCCGGUCUAUGGAGGAAAAGAAGAGGGUUUCAUGGACAGAAGCCCUGAAGACAAUGGUGAAGAACUGUUACAUGCACCAUGGAAGAGAUGAUCUACUAAACUUCUUCAAUGGUGACCAGGAGCAAAAUCAGCCAGCUUCCCAGACAAUGCUACAGACCAUCAAUAAUCCAGAUGGAACUGUUUCUAUCAUACAAAUAGAAACUGGUCCAAACCAGGUGGUGACCCUCCCAGAUGGCACUCAGGCCACUGUAGUAAACACAGUUAACUCGACAUCCCAAGUCCCGCAGGAGGCCACACAUGCCGUCCAGACACUUGCUGAUGUGGUGGCCAAUAGGCAGGAGAUGCAACUUGGUACCAUGAAUCCAGUACAGGUGGAGAUGAAUGUGGAAUCAGUGGGGCAUGGAAUGGCAACCAUUUCAGAUGAUGGCCACAUAAUACUGACAGGAGAUGGAAAUCUAACAGGUUUAAUGACAAUACCAGCCAUACCUGUGUCCAUGUACCAGCAAAUGGGGUCAACAGUUACCUCCCUUGCCCAGUUACAACAGCAUGGCAAUAUACACGUGAUUGCAAAACAGGAACCUGAGGGACUUGGCAGUGUAGGACAGGAAACAAUGUCAGACCAGUGUGUACAGGAAGUCAUUCAUGUCCUGCCAAACUCUAUUGAUAAAGAUGACAAACUGACACAAUCCUGACAACACUCACCAAUGAAAAUAUUUCAUUGCAAUAUUUAUUAUUUCUGUUAUUGUUGAAAUGUCAAAUGCUGUAUAUUAGAUUUCAGUUUAAAUAUUAUCAUGAAUGUGUGAAGCCUUCAGCUCUACCAAUUGUAAGAACAAUGAGGAAAAUUGUCUUCUGACUCUUGCAGCUACUUAAAAUGUUUUUUAAACUACAAAGGUAUUCAUUCUCAAACUAGCAUUUCAUAUAAAUUGUUUGAGAAUAAAUUUCAACUACCAUAUUACAGCCUAUAAGCUACAACUGUGACUGCUACUCAACAAGCACAGUGUACCAACUUAUGAAAUUCAAAAGAUUUUGAGAAAUAGAAGUAUUGGUGUACAGGCUGUUUGUAUAUCAAAAUUUUAUAAUUUUAUGAUUUUUGGUUUUAAUUGUAUAUGAGGUUAUAAUGACUUUUUAGAUCAUCUGAGACAAUGGUGGAACCAUUGUUGAAUCAAUAUAACUUUAAACUGAGUGAAUUUCUUACAUAGGGCUCUCACAAUUUCCCCAAGGGAAGAGAUAAUAUUUUGAGUUUAUGAAGGUAGAUUUUGAUAAGAAAGUAAAACUUAGUUAUAAUAUGGGAUGGCUGUUAUUUUUUCCAUUCAAACUUAAUCCUGAAUAGCUCCUAGGGACUGAAAUAGUGGGGCCAAUGGGGUCAGAAAACUAAAAAAAUUCUGCUUCAUACACCAAAAUGCUCUUCGUAUAUUAUCAUAAUGGAUGGGUUUUUUUAAAAGCCAUUGUUUUCUAAAAUAAAUUCAUGAGGUAAGUCUUGUUUCCUUUAAGAAGGGUACAUUUUAUUAUACUUAAAGCAUGUACAAGCCAUAAGAUUUAACACUUUUGGUUCUUUAUAUUUCAUUUACUUUGAAUUGAAGUAAUUCAGAGUUAUCAGCACAUUGUACUAAUUCUUUUACCAUGUACAUGUCCCACCUCAUCCUAAAGACGAUUGAAAGAGGUUGAAAUAUCUAAAACCUGAAAGUUUUCUUCAAUCCCAUGGUUACUGGAAUCAGUUCCUUUUCAUCUCUUAAUCAUAAUACCAGAUAUUUGGUAGGACAGUAUAAUUGUUUUUGAAAGAAUCUAGCUAAACGAUGAUAUUAAUAUAGCUUGGCUCGGAUUUGUCUCUCAUUGUAAAAGAAUUUAUAAUUGCCUUGCAUUUGUCACUACAAAACAAGAGAAAUAACAAUGUUUAAAAAACUCAGGGGGCUGUUGAAGUCAUUCUUUUUUUAAAUUAUUGGAUUUAUUGAUGUAGAAAAAACCAGUCACAAGUGAUUAAAGCUUGAUGUGACUUAAUUGAAACUCCUUGUGAGCAUUUACUUACUGAGGAUAAUGUAAAAUGUUAUUUCUAAAUCUUAUAGUACUUUGAAGGUCAUCAGUAUUUUUUCACGGGUAUAUCUGUUGGAUAAUUUGUGUGGCAAGUGUGUUUAACAAAUUAUAUUUUAUUGACUUAACAUUGUUCACCUACAUGAUUGUAACCAUUCUGAGUUACUUCCCUUCAUUUCACACUGUCAGAUGGUAUAGGUGCAAGCUUGACUGCUGAUAGGGGUCGAGAAUAGAUAUUAAAAUAAUGGAAGUUUAUAUCAUUUUAAUAGAUUCAUUUAUUUAAGAAUUGGUGCACAGGAAAGUGUUGCUUAGAGUUUGCCUAAUAUAUAAUUAAAGAAAGUGUUUGGAAACUGAAUACUUGCAAUUUAUUUUUGUGGCUUGCAAAAAUUUGAUGAGGUAAAAAAAAAUUUUUAUCCAAAGUAUGUUCUUGGUCUUAUAUGGAAACCAAAAGCUGAACAGGAUGGUAGAAUAUUUUCUCGCAAGGUUAUGGUGUUCAAUAGCUUUUAUAAUCUAUCGAUUAUUUUUUAAUUUGAUUUUUAGUCAAUUUUUUUCUUGUCAAGCAUGUUAUUGGGCAUUUUCAGACAUCAUGGGUCUUAUUUCUGAUAUUUGAUAUAUAUUUACAUGUGUAAGAGCAAACCAGUUGUUUAUCUUUGAAUUACAGGUAGCAAUCUGUUAUAUUUAAUGAACAAUGAAUCUCACUGUAUUUUACUGUACAACAAUAAAAAAUUAUUAUUUUCAAAUGGUAUAACCAAUUAAAACCUGAUUGUAAACUAGCUUCCUUUUGUCUUGCCUGUAAACAGUUGUUUUGUAGAAUUACAUUAAGGAUUAUGACUACAGAUGUAUCAACUUUUAAGUUAAAUCAGGCAAAAUCAAUCUCAACAGACUGGAAGCUGCUUCUCCAAUAUUUUAUUAGGUAUUCCGUUGGAACACAAGUGAACUUUUAAGUCAGUAUUAUGUAAAUUUAUAUUAAAUUUUCGGAUUUUAUUCCUCUCUUUCCAUGGCCUUCAUUUGUCUUGAUAACAUCAACAGUAAAAAUCAUUACGUGUAGUUGGUUUUCAUCAAAAAAAUUGUGAGAAUGUAUCUGUCAAAUGAGUCAAAAGUUUUGUUUACACUGAAGGUUUUUGCAUCAUUGUUAUUUUUCAAAUUAAAAUUUGUUCUUCACUA